AUGUAAAACAAGUUGGGCUGCAGUGCAAGCCCAUGAAAUAAAAUCGGGUCCGAAGCGCCAGAUUCCAAUUUGCUCCGCCCAAAUCGCUCUCCCUCGCAGCAUCCAAUUCAUCAUCAGUAGUAGUAGCAGGAGCAGCUCGAAGAUUAAGUGUCGGGUGCAGAGGUAUAAGUGGCUAUGACAACAAUUGCAACAAAAAUGGGUGGGUCUAAGGAUGUUAAUGAAGUUCGCGCAAAAGGUGCUGAUAAGCUACAGAACUCAACUUCCGGAUUUAAAAGAUGGGGAAGAAAAACUCCAUUUGUCAGAUACGGGCUUCCUAUGCUAUCAUUCAUGGUCUUUGGGACAGUUGGCCUUGGUCAUCUUUUGCAAGGCAGCAAGGAUAUUGCUAAGGUGAAAGAUGAUCAGGAGUGGGAGAUAAUCGAAACCAAAAAGGCAUUAUCAAGAACAGGACCUAUCGCAGCAUAUCAACCAAAAAAGAUUUCCUUGGAAGAGGAGCUAAAGGCUACCCAAAAGAAAGUUGAUAUAAACGAUUACGAGUUUAAGAAAAUUCCCAGGCCCAAUGAAAGCAAAUCUCAUUAGACUAAUCUUCACAUGUCUAUUCAAGUUGAGAUAAGGGGAUACGCAGAUCCGAGAUGUGGUCAGGUGUUUUGAGUGCAAAGUAGAGAUACCUGCUCGGCUGCUUUAACAUUUUCUUGGAGUUUGGUAUUGUCAGAUGUUGAAUUCAGUCCCAUCAGCUCUAAUGCCACAUGUGGCGCAUAAUUUAGUCAGUGACUUUGCAUUGUAGGAAGUACGUAAGAUAAACUUUGAACUUGUAUGAAUUCGAAUCAAUUGCAGACUUUCUGAAUUUGUUUA